UUCUUUUGGUCCCCGUUUUAUAACAAUGGACCUUAAUAAGACUGAGGAGGUGCUGACGAAGUUGGAAAGUCUUCACCGGCAGCCCCACGUCUGGGAGUUUCUACUUUUACUGCCGCGACUGCGUGCAGGCAAUGACCAGGGUGAAGAUGGCAUCCGAGGGGCAGGACACCUGCUGCAGGCAGCUGUGAAUUCCUUAUCAUCUCUAGAGGAUUUGGACUGGCUGCCACUCAGCCACACCUUUGCCAGGGUCUCCAAGAUGGUGCUGAAUGUGGCCAUUUCGAUGCUGACGUUUCUGCAGGAGCGUCAAGUAGCAACCACAGAGUCAGGAUACACCCUGUCCUUGACAGAGCUGGUGUGGGAUCCACAGAAGGUUCGGGCUGACCUGAAAUCCCAGUUUGGUUUUGAGGACCUUCACACUGACCGCAUCCUGAAUUAUUCAGCUCAGCUACAGGAGAUUCCCACAGACAGUUCGCUGGAGCGGAUGGUGUGUUCAGCCUUGUCCGGUUCCUCUGAGGAUGAAGGUGACAGAGGGGGUCACCCUGGAGACUGCGACCCCAGGUGGUCAGCGGCCAAAAACUACCUGGUCCGUGAGGUCAGCCAGCUGCACCUCUACAAGCAGGUGUUUGCUCAGUGGCGAAGGGGCGGCCUGCUCCAGAAGGUGCUGGCAGGGCCCAGCCGUGGCCUGGAGGCUCUCAGGAAUCAGUCUGCAGAGGGGAGCCUGCUGUGGAAGGUGGCGGAAGCUUUGCACACUGCGUUUCUCCUCCUGAAUGACACCUUGGUAGCGAGUGGCCCACAAGGCCACCACCCCUCUACCAGGAUGUAAGGCAUAUUUUCCUGUGGGUUACUGAUUAGAGCAGGCAAUCCCGGGUUUUUAAAGAGUUCGUGAGCCUCUUAGGAGUGUGAUCCAUGCAACUUCGUAAGACAAGCAAUGGUCAGUUAGCAACUGGAAAACACGAGAUGUGUGUUGUAUCGUGGACCAGGGCUCCCCAGCAAUGUGCCUGCUGCUCAGAUGCUGAAGACAAUCCGGUGAGGGCACCGUGUUUGAGAGGGUUUUAAGAUU